AUGUCAAUGUCAAUAACAUGGUUACUUCAUCUUCUUGUAUUGUUUUCAUUUGUUCCAACAUUUUGUUCUGUCUCUACACGUCAUUUGCUUUCUAAACCACUUAUAGGAGAUGGUGGAAGAAUCUAUGUUUGUUCUGAUAAAACAUUUUUGGCAUUUGAAACCAAUGGUACCAUUGCAUGGUUUAUUCAUGUUGACUACAAAUGUAAUGUUAGUAUGGCACCUGUUCAUGGUGGUCAUGGAAAGAUAUACUUAGUAGCUGAAAAUAGAUUAUUGAAGAUUGAUUAUCGAAACAUCGGAAUUUCUGAGCCUACGGUAGAAGUUUUCUUUGGUCCAGGACCAGGUCAAAAAGCAGAAGCUGAAAUUAUUGGACUCACAGUAAGCACAUUAAGCUCAACUGUAUUCAUCAAUAUCAAGAAUCGAGGACUCUUUGCGUAUCUGUCACGUGGACGUUUACUUUGGAGUUUAGGAGCUAUGCUUUACCAGUUUGGCUACCGUCAAGGAUGCAGGAAAAAUAUUACAGAUUGUCACUUUGCAUCAGUUCCUGUACUUGAUCAAUGCGAGGCUAGUAUUUAUGUUGCAAACACGGAAGGAGAAUUGUAUUGUUUGUCAGUUCGUGGUCGCGACUUUAGAUGGAUACAGGAUUUUAGUUCGUUAGACAAAAGUUUCACCAUAACGCCUGGAAACAAUGGUCAUUUGUAUGUAACAGUUCCAACAAGAGCUCUUGUAGUAGCUUUGGAUGUCUUUUCGGGUAAUAUCUUGUGGCAGGGUAGUGUUGGGCCGUUAAGCAAAAUCGACUGUGCUCCUGUUGUAGACUCUAAUGGAUGGAUAUCUAUCGGUUCAUUGGAUGGAUUCCUUUACUCAUUUUCGCCAACUGGGAUACUCAAGAAAUUCUCAAGAAAGAAUACCGAGAACUCUAUUGUUCAAGUUGGUCCUUUUCUUGACUGUUCCGGAUUUGCUGUCUAUAGUUCACAGAUAGAGAUGGAAGGAAAAGUUAGCCAUAGUAUUGGCGAAUACACCAUUGUUUCAGCAAUUCGACCGAAAGUUGCAAUAUUCACUAUGUUGGUUCCUGCAACUGGAUCAAUCUAUUGGUCUGAAGAAUAUCUUGGUCAGCGUUCAACUUUAUUAUCCAAGAGUGAUCUAAGUCAAUUUGUCGUGAACGAGGAGAUUCUUCUUACAUUCCUCGCUGCCUCAAGUAAGAAUGUCAGAAGCUUGCAUCUAGCUGCUCUCAAGCAAGGAAUAAGCUUGUCAACAUCUAUUCAGUUUACUUUUUUUGCAGGCAAUGAAAGGACUAUAGAAUUUUUUCUUCUGUUUGAGUCAUUUCUGUUGGUGCUACUAAUUGGACUUGUAAGAUUCUGCUGUACAUUUUGGGCAAAAAAGAAACUUCAAGAUCAAGGACUUGGAGGUUUCCUUGACAAGCGAUGUUCUCUACAACUCCAAAAGAAAGCUUUGGCUAAGACAAUUUCUGAGCUUGAGAAAAAAGCUGCAGAGGAAUCAGUAGAUAAUGAAGUUUUCCAAAAGUUGGGUGAUAUAGUAAGAAAAAAGGAAAUCAUAGAGAGGAAGCUAUCAACCACUUAUAGUUUGGGAAGGGACAGAACUAACUCAAAAUCAAAAUCUAUGCUUCCUUUACAAGUCGGAAAACCGAAAAGCUACUCAUUUCAAGGUACAAAGAAGCAGAAGCUGAAAAUGAUUCACACAUUGAGUGAUACAUCUAGUGAUAGCAGCACUGAAGAAGAGACAAACAUGUUUGAGGUAAUAGAUUCAUCUGCUAAAGACAAAGGAAAAACACCUAUGGUAGAGGUUGCUUCAAAUUCAAGCAAUGAUGAGUAUUUCACAAAUCCUUUAGAUGUAACUCGACUUGGAAGUUGUAGCAAAUAUAUUCAUGUAUGUACAUAGUUAGUUAUGUACUUGGG